UACAUUCUUUUCGCCAUUCGGACUAUUAGCGCCCUCUGGAUAUUUUUGAACGAUCGAUCAGUAAUCGAUAAUAGCGGAUAGAUCGAUCAUCGUUUGGCGGAAUACGCGCGUCUCCCGUUGUUCGUAUUGAAUCUCACGGGCGAGGAACGGGUACAGGCUCGAUAUGUUUGUGUGUGAUUCGUAGAUUCGGUGAAGUCAGGUGGUUCGACCAGGUGGGUCAAGUGGUGGGGGCACACGCUUGAGGAUGCAGACGGGGGAGAGACGUUAGUACACCUCCGGAGGGGAAGGUCGCCAGGUCGAUCGGUUCUGCCCGCGCGGGUAACGAACGCGCGCGGCACCUCUCCGAGCAUCCGUGAUCGCGUCGGUGUCUCUCGUACGUGACUUGUUCGUCGUCGUUUCGACGAUAACGCGAGAUUCGCCGAUAAGAUCGACCGUUGGCUUCGGCUCUCACGUUUGCGGGGCUCAACGACGACGAUUUCGGCGGACACUCCAGGUACGCUUGGAUCGAUACACGGUUAUUAUGGAGCGUGUACGGUAGCGGAAGCGGAUAUAAUUGCUAAGGGGAUUAUUAGGUGACGCGAUGCCGUACGAUAUCGCGCGAAUAUCGCUGUUAUCGUCAGCCGAAAAUCGCACGCGAGGACUCGACUCGUGACUAAUUUGCUUUUCUUCUUCUUUCCUUUUCUGUAAUUAUAAGGCUUCUCUUAAUCCCGCUGUACCCACGUUCGUCGAAGAAGACAAACAAAACUCGUAACGUUAUUAUCGCAAAAUUUCCGUGCUCGUGUUUACACGGGCCGACACAAAGAGAGGCGGCCGAGCGAGCGGGCGGUAAGUACGUCGAGCCGAACGAAUUACUUUCAACCGUACGGCAAUAUGGUGGGAGAAGAAGGCGCGCUGGCCGUUCUCGUGGAGCCGCGCGCGCGAUUCCGUAAUAUUUAUUUUCCACUCACGGCUAGUGAGUCACUACCUGGCCGACCGUGGCACGGUGAACAGGUAGACUCCGGCGCGAGUCCGUGUGUGCGCGCGCGAGACUGAAUUCGCGACCUCUCGUCGCAUCCCCGCGCGUGUGCCUUUCAGUGAAUUCUUCGAGAGCGGAGGAGGAGGUGCGUCCGCAGAGGCGGUCGGGCGGAGGUUCGUUGGGUGCAGGAAUGAGGUAUUCGCCGAGAGGAUCUGUAAUCUGUGCGGCGCCGACAUCAUAAAGGAUACCCGCCUCGUUAUAUUCGAAGUGAACAGUGCAGUGUCAGAAAGAGAGAGAGAGAGCGCCAUAUCGAUUCUCCUCGCAAUCGUCGAAGUGAACGCGCUCAUUAUUUACGCGAGCAAACGACUACCGCAAACUAUCGUUACGUCGUAAUUCACGUGAUUCCAUUCUCGGCUCGACAGCGUGGCGGUACUUGAGAAUCAUCGAUCUUCAUGAGCGCCGUGAUCUUCUUCCUGCGCGCGGAGAGCUGAGCACUCUCGCUUCGCUCGCGUCCUCGCAGCGUCCAGGGACGUUCGUGGCGAAUUAUCGAACGUUGUGUCGCAACCGAACGGACUUUCCAUCCCGGCCAGACGAUUCCGCAAAUCGCAGAGUUCGCUGCGACCCGCUUCUUUGUUCGAAACCGCUAGACCGAUGUUAGCACACGCGACCGUAAGGCAGCAGUGCGCGGCCUUAGAUUCGCGUUGGAGUCGCGAGGUGUAAGAGGAACGGUGUAAGAGGACAUUGAGCAGCCGAUAGCUCGGCAAACUUCCGCGAUCGAUAUCCUCCGGGGUGCUGCCGGCAAGCGAGGAGAGGUGCAUCGGUGCGUUGCACUCGGGCGAGCGCGCCAUGAGAGCGUCGUUGUGGCCGGCGUUGCGCUCGUCAUCGUCAGACGUGGUGAUGGUAUCGUCGAGACCGUUGGCACAGCCGGUGUGUCACCUGUGCGAUUACGAAUGCAAUGUCAAGGCUCGCGCGACAGAUCGCCUCCGGUAGCGGGCGAGCGCGCUGAUCAGGUACGUCGCGCGCGCGCGCUACCGACGAGGAGAACCCGCAGGAUCUACCCCGGUGUCCCACGAAGCUGUCGUGUUUCACGCGAUCCUGCUCCGUUUUUCAGGCCAACCGAAUGAGCGAGCUAAUCAAUGGGGCCCGAUAGCCAAGCGCUGCCCACCCAUUGCGGUUUUACGACGGAGGAGAGUUGAGAGUGACGACGUUACUCACCUUAUCAUACCGUUGUCCGUGUCGAAUGCGUCUGACGUGUGCCGAGUUGUGUUAACCGAGACCGCGUGCACUUUUCCUCCGUUAUACUGAUCGCAAUUCGCGAGUUCGACGCAGAAGUGAAGUGAAUCCCGUGCUGGGACCGCGGUGACGAUUCGCGAUGUUGCCGAAAAAACCGGACAGCCAAACGGAGCCUUACGCUCUGGAAGACAUGAUAUCAGAUCUGCAAGCGAGGAGACACUCGAUGGACCACGAGGACACCGUGCAGGAUCCCGCCGAGUUAUUGAAGCAACGCGAGAGGGACCUCGUGUUGGCUGCUGAACUCGGCAAAGCUCUGCUCGAGAGGAAUCAGGAACUGACGAAGCAGUCCGAGACCUUAGCCGAGGAGUACUCCGCGAAAUUGGAGAGCUUGGAGCAGGAAAGGCAUCUGCUGCGAAGGAGGCUCGAGGAGGCCAGGGACGAGAGCGAGGCGCGGGCCCUGGAGCUCCAGGCUGACGUGGAGACGCUGAGGAGCCAGUUGGAGGAGCAAAAUGAGAGAGCGAGGAGAGCGGAACGCGACCAGGCCGCCUUGGUCGCGGAGCUGACGGCGCAGAACACGAGGCUGGCCGAUCAGCUGAGAGAGGCUGCCAAGCAAGAGGAGCAGUUGCUCAUCGAGGUGAAAGUGCUCAGGGAAAAAUGCGCCUUGAGAAACACCACCCUGCAGGAUCACGUGAGCAGCCUGGAGAUCCUGCGGGACGAGGUGCAACUGGUAUCGGCACAAAGGACCGAAUUAGAGAGGCGGUCCUUGGAGCUCCGGGAGGAGAGGGCCAGGGCGAUCGCGGCUCUCGAGGAAGCCGAGGAGAGAGCCGCGGCCUUGGAGCGGCUCAGCCACGAAGCGGAACACCGGGCGAGAGUGGCCGAGCAGGAGAGGGACGAGCUGGCGUCGUCAUUGGCGGCCAUCGAGGCGGAAAGGAGGGCUAGGUCCGGCUCGAUACAGAAGACACCGCGGUCCCUGCAGGCCGAGAUGGAGUGCGAAGAGAGCGGAAGUUCGCUGGGAGAACAGGAGGACGGUCUGCGGACGGAAGUGGCGAGGGCGACGAAGCGGCUGAGGGAGCUGUGCGCUCAUCUGAGACGCGGCGAGGACGACUCCGGCCUGCAGAGCGACUGCGACGAGUCCAUGCUCGUGAUCGUCAACAGUUCCGAGGCGGAAGUCGGCAGCAACGAGCGGGAGGCUCACCCUUCACCGACGAAUUAUUCGGGCGCGCUGCUGGAGCUGGUCGAGGAGGUCUACAACCUCGCGCUGUCGGGCCGAGGGGCGCCCGGCGAGCUGGGACUCGCGGUGGAGCUGCACAGGGUGCGAGAGGAGCUCGAGCACGCGAGGGAGCAGUCGAAGCAGAUGCAGGAGGAGCUGAAGCGACGUGCGGACGCGUUCCUCGAGGUGACGAGCAAGCUGAGCGUCUCCGAGGCGGAGCUGCGCGGCGUCAAGGAAGAGCGCGACCGUGCCAGGGGUGACAUGGAGCACUCCGAGCUGACGAAGGACGAGAUCGUGGCGAAGGCGUACAAGGUGCGAGAUCAGGCGGUGGCGAGGCAGAACCGGGUGGAGGUGGAGCUGGCCAGGACGCGGAUAGACAUCCUGCAGGCGGACAGCCAGCUGAAGGAAGCCGUCAAGCAGAAGGUCGAGCUGAGUCAGCAGCUGGAACAGUGGCAGAUGGACAUGCAGGCGCUGCUGGACGAGCACGUACGCAGCAAACUGACUCCGGCCGCGCACAACGUCUCCAUGAAGAACGGCGAGAACUCGGACGUGUCCGCGCCGGCCAGGAAGAAGAGGAGCACCGGCUCGACGAAGAAGAUGUUCGGCCUGUUUUGACGAAAGUGACGUAGCGCGGUAGCAGCGUUACGAUGAGAGCCCCGAUUGAAGCGGCGAUCGACUGGCGGCGACAGACUUGUACCUGUGGUUCCUCCUGCGCGGCUGUCUCGUACAAAGAGCGCAAGUGACGCGGAGAGACGCGGAGGGAAGACGAAAGGAAGGUCGUGCACUUGCGUUUCCUUUUCUCACGAACGUUCCGACACAGCCAUGGUGUUACUACUCGGCCUACGUUCGACCGUAAACAGGGACGGUCUUCUAGAUAUUUGUUGCCCUUUCACUGUUCGGUUGCGGUGUGUGAGGAAAUGUGGGGUUUGAACUGAUGUUAAGUCAGCGAUUUCGUAAAAGCCCUUUUAAAAGAACUACGAUUAGCGAUAAUUUGAGCCAGACUCGAACUCGUGUCAACUUCGGGACCUGUCCCGAACACCGGGACGCAUAUCGGUGCGUAAUAGUGAGAAACUCAGCGAGUCGCAUUUCCGGUAGCACUUGGUGAUAUGUGAAGCGACAAAUGUAGCCGUGACAGACGCAUUAUUCUUAGUGACGAUAGUCUGAUAUCGAUGCUCGCGACGAAACGGACUGCUAAUUCGAAUUUAAGUGGCCGCAUCUGCGUCGGCAAAAACAUGGGGCACGUCCCACUUUCUACGAUUCCUCCGGUAGGGAAAGUUACGGUUUUUGCGUUCUCGACGUGCGUUUAAUCGUCGCGAACGCGCUUUCCGCCCUCGUCUCGAUCCGCGUUUUUCAGCCCGUAAAUCUUUAUUGUGUUGAUUAAUCAGCACAAUCUGACCGAUAGUCAUUAUCGUUUGUUUAAAUUCAUAAGCUUCUCACGCGAGAAUCACCGACGACCGUAAAACCGCGUUAUGUCGACCGAACUGUUAAUGAAAUCAGCAGAAUCGACAGUUUUACUCCAUCGAAGAAGAUAUUAUCGUCAGUGUGUACACUUCAAGAGUAUCGAAAGACUCGAUCGAUGAAGUUCGAUUGAAAAUAUUUUUAUCUCGAGAGGAAAGUUUUUGAUAUACAUAAUUUGUGGUUUUAAAUCGCAGGAAAAAUUGAUCGCAAUUUCCUAAUUGUGCUUUCGUCGCUUUUUACUUUUAUUCACACCCGAAAGAUCAAAUAUCCGGGACAGAGAAUCUAGCAAUCGCGAGUUUUACUUUGCGCGGUAAAUUGUCGCCCGGAAAGUGACGGAGAGAGUGCAAAAGGUUAAUGUUCCCAUUAGUCCCGCGAGCGGUCUCGCGCAACGAUCAGGAUCGGCAAGAGUCGCGCGCACGGUCUUUUUUCCUUCUCGCGCGAGACUGUGGCGUUUCAUUCUCACGAGCGUGAAACCAAUCGUUUUCCACGGUAAAAACGAUCUCUAAGCGGGACAUCUUUUAUCUCGAGGCGUGCUCGCAACCAUCUCUGAUCAAAUAACGGAGAGUCAAGGCGCUCGAGUUUACUGUUAACACGAAACCAUUGUGAUACGCUGUGUCUUAUGUCAGGAUCGGGAAGGAAUAUGUUGCGUUACGCGGGCGCAUUUGUUGCACUUCUGUGACAUUAGUGAUCAUUUUAGUAGGGAAUUGUUGUAAAUCUCCUCAACGACGUAAAUCGACGUAACGCGAGGACGAUUAGCAAAUCGUAGGUAAUUUAUGAAACGUUCCUGCGAGAUGAGAGAUUUGUUCUCUCACGGUUUCGAGUGACGGUUGGUAUUUGUAUCGCGCGUAGAUCCAUGUAUGGAUCAACGUUCGCUUAAACACUGAGCUCGGAUGAUGACUUUCUAUAUCGAAUUAAUCGACCACGAAUAAUCGCUAUCCGUCCAUCGUCCGGUCCAGGUCAGGACCAAGACGAAUUAUCUGCGAUGCGAAUUGAAAGAAAAAGUGAAGGAAGGUAUGAUUGAGCGUUUUUUUUUCUUUUUUUCUUUUUUUUGAAAUGAAAGUCGAACGUCCAGCCGUGAUCUCCGGCCUCUUAACGCAACGAUAGUGCAAUAUCACUGGAAUGUUUUUGCGCAGCGAUACUAAUCGAACGGUGACCGCAACCGAUGCUCCUUAAGAAGUUCGCGUACUUCGUGUUAUUUCACGGGGAAUCGAUCUUAAGAAGCAACGACGCGCCACCUUCGACGCGGCACGUGUGUAUUCGACACGUGUGUCUUCGACUUUUCACGUGUAUAUAGGUGUGUAAAACACAUAUUAUGGCGUUGCGUGAGUCGCACGAUAGGAUCGUUUGUACAUUAGUACCUUUCUUUCUUCGAAGUGCGUGUGUGUAUGUGUGAGAGUGACCGUCGAGGCUGUAUGACAAUUGUAUGAUUCUUGAUCUGAUCGAUUAUACGACGACAAUAUUUAUUUAAUAAA